CCUACCUAAGAUAUCUUAGGUAGGCAGGCACAAGCAAUUACAAACCAAUAUAAGCAUUACAUUUUAACCAAUGAUGAUAAAGGAAAAGAGGGAAAUUUGGACGAGGCGUUUCGCACCGAAUUUGUUCACCGCGGGCGGUGCCGCUAAACCCCAUUCCGCUACCGAGGGGCGCUCAUCUUAACACUUUGGGACAACCCUCACUCAUCCUUCAUGUUAAUGUUCCAGUUCAGCCCGUUGUCCCGUAGUCUGUUGCCCGACUGUUGCCCGUCUCCCGUCUCCCGUCGCAAGGCGUCCCUUUAGUUCCCUGAUAGCUCCAGUGAGCCCGGAAUAUCCCUCUCUAUAUGCUCUGUGCCACUACUUUCCCUUUCGCUCAAGUGUGAUUGAUUGAUUCCAUCGUUCUAUCUAAGCCCGAGUUCUAACUCGUUCAUCAUUACAUACGACCGUACAACCAACCAGCCAGCCCAGCCAGCCUAGCCAGCCAAAGUCACUCUCAUCCGCCAUGCGGUACGGUAGAGUCAUGUAAAAGAUCAACCCUUACGAUAUUCCGUUCUUCCUUAGCGUUUGCUAUAUCGUCUCGCCCUCCCUCUCAUCCUUUCCUCCCGUCGCGGUUUUGUUUGGUUGAUCUGCACAAGCGUAUGCGAUCAUGGGUGAUAGUCGGCCGUUCGUUACAAUAAGUGAAUGGCAGCCUACGGGGGAUGGGAAUAGUUUCAGCAGUGGAGAUUCUGCCGUACGUCGAGAUAGAAAGACAGCCAGGCCUCAAGCUCGAUCUCGUCUAAUUGCAUCUUCUCAGUAUGGUUCUAGCAUUGAAGAUGAAAAGACGCCAGCAGCCACGCACGACAUCAGUCGGGUGAGCUACCACGUCAAGCAUCUACCCGAAUUCGCCAAGACACUCGAGGAUUCGGCUACGCGGGCUUUCCCCAACCGGGGAGGCUCACAAAGGUACAAGAAAGUGCAUGUGCUUCUUCUUCACUGGACCUGCGACGACUUGUUCGUCCUGAAGGAGCUCGAUGACCUGGAGGCAUGCCUUCGGGAGGAAUAUAAUUUCCAAACCGAAACCUUUCCGAUACCGUCCGACAAUGCACAUCUCGAGCUAAUGUUGAAAGUUGGCGCCAUGAUAAAAGAACACGAAUCAAGUGAUACCCUGUUCAUCAUCUAUUAUGGUGGCCACGCGAGGAUAGAUGACUCGAGACAAAGUACAUGGUGCGGAACUCGAAGUUCAGACUCUCCAUGGCUACAAUGGUCCGCUAUUCAGACAUUGUUGGAACGAUCUCUGUCGGAUGUGCUCAUCCUAUUAGAUUGCUGUGCAGGGGCUGCAAGUGCUACUUUUCCUAAUGGUAAUAGCAUUACGGAAACGAUAUCGGCAUCUAGUUGGGACGCUAUUGCUCCCGAUCCUGGGAGAUACUCGUUUACCAACACUCUGAUUGAAGUGCUUCAAGACUGGAAGCGAAGGACGUUUUCCGCCGCGAUGCUCCACGCUGAGGUUCUCGCACGCCUCAAGCAUCCAAGACCCGAAAUGCUGAAUGGCAAACACUUCGAAGCACGUGCUACACCAGUGCAUUUUAUGAUGACCGCCAAUCAUAAAGCACCAAGUAUCGAGGUAACCCGGAUCAUAUCGCCAGAUGCAAGACCACCUUCGCCUCCUCAGGAGCCGGGGUUCGAGCCGACUUCUCCCAAUGGUCGAUCGGCCGGCCCGCAAGAUAUCGUCGGAUCGGAGCCAAAUGAAGAUGUACCGCAUGUAAUGAUUUCUUUAGCCCUUGAAGAGGAUCAGCGUCUUAACAUCAAUGACUGGGAACACUGGCUUUCAAAUAUACCAGCACUAGCCAAGUAUGUUAAGGUCCAAGGGGUAUUCAAGAGCCAUUCGACGUUACUCCUAUUGUCGAUGCCGGUCAUGAUUUGGGAUCUACUUCCCGAUAAUCAUGCCUGCAACUUCGUGGCCUUCAUUCGGUCCAACAACUUGGCUGCUCGUAACCACAGUGAGCUAAGGCCAUUGGAUGAAGAAGUACCAACGAGUGCCGAUAAUGAUGCAGAUUUGAGGUCAAUUUACUCAGGAACUACAGCAUAUACCUCCAGACCGUUAGAGUCUGGUAGGUUAUCGAUAAUGUCAGCCCUUUCAAGCGAGAGAACGUCGAUGGAUCCAAUGUAUAGAAGAGCUGAUGGUCCGAUGGUCGAUGCUAUUUCCCGAAACUACCGUCCCACGACGAGCGCAAUAUCUAAGGGCCACCAUAUGUCUGGCGGGGGAUGGCAAUCAAGGCAACGCUCUAUGCCUGGUGGUUCGUUACAUAAGAGCAUGUCUUAUAGUAAUAUAGCGCAGCACCUGGCUAUAAAUAAGCCUCGAAACAUGCGGAGAACAUCCCUAGCAUCUGUAGCUAGUCAACCUGAACUUCCACAGCAUGCCCAGACACGGCUAGAAGAAUAUUUCGAGGGUAACCCAUUGCCGACUAUUGCCGUCAGAGAAUUCCUCGCGUCGACCCUUGGCGUAGAGACUGCGGACAUUGACGCUUGGUUCGAAAACCGUCGAGAGCAACAAGAAGUCGAGAAUCGAUUGCAGAGCUUAAAGAUAGAUGACCAAAGCCGGGAGCCUCCCAACCAUGGGGCUCAGAUGAUUCUUCCCGGGCACCUCAACAAAUUGCUGGAAAUAUUCCCAGAGGAUCAGAUUGUGAUAAUUGAUCUCCGCUCACCAUCCGAGUACGCCCAGUCUCACAUCCAUGGCGCAAUCAACUUCAGGGCACCAGCUUCCUUUGUAGCACGAGCCACCAUGGAAAUGAUCGAAAAGGCACUUCCGGAUGAGACAAGCCGCGAUUCAUUUAAUAAUUGGUACGCAAGCAAAUGUGUCGUAUUUUAUGAUAAGGUAGUCGAGUAUCCUUGGGAGACGCCCGUAGCAGACGCGCUUUUACAGAAGCUUAAGAGCAAAGGUUGGACUGGGCAAUGCUUCGUGCUUAAGGGUCACUUCCGCGAAUUCUCGCAAUCAUUCGACAAGUACAUUGUGGGUAAGAAUACGAAGAGUAACGCGAAGGAGUAUCUUGCUAGCCUACAGGAAUCUUCAUGUGAAAAGAGGAAGGAUAGCCAUCAGCGAUACGACGAGUGGCUCAAACUCCUCGAAGGUGAAGAUAGGGUACAAACAACUGACCUCGUGCCGGCGGUCAAGAGUGAGCGCGUCGAGGCUACGACGAAGCACCAGAGGGAGAUUGAAGAUGAAUUUGAAAAAAGGGAGCCGGAACUAUACAGGGAGGCCGCGGACCGUGAACCGGACGGAAAUUGGGCCAUUAAAGGUCCUAUGGUAGCUCAUUUGGAACGUGGGAUCGCUAAGAUGCAAGAAGCCGGAAAGGGCGUUGGUAUGAGCAAGUCCGGUCCAGAUUCCUCUGACUAUAAACGAGCCGCGGAUAAGCUCUCUAUGUCGGAAUAUGACUUGCUCGAGUCCGAAGAUGAGCACCCGAGCCAUAACGCAAUUCCGCCAAAAAGGGGAUCAGGAUCCGCCCCUCCUAAAUCGACACCGGACGAACCCGCCCCCGAGAAGAGGGGACGAUCUACACUAGGCGGCGGGCGCGGUUUUCUAAAUAAGCUAAUGCGAAGCAAUCGCCCGGAUACUCCAGGAUAGGAAUGUCCCUGUUACCGUUAUUAUCGCUAAAUUUCGCUCUCUAGACGGGGACAACAAGAUAUAUACGGCAUUUAUUAUUAGGGAUAUUCGGGAUGGAUAUGAAUGGGACUAGCACGAUAUGGUUGAUGAGAUAAUGGUUGUGAUUUACUAAGCGGUUGGGUAGGUGGAAAUAAAUGGGGUUAAGGAGUGAGGCAACUAACUAAGUUGCGGGUGGUGUACUGUUGGGAAAUAUGUUCAGGUAUGCGUCUUAUAUCCCCUGUCGGAAGGUCUUAUGGUGGCUCUUUCUUCUAGACGAGUGUAGGAUAUUUCGUUUUGAUCUUACCUUGCGGUGUCUUGGCGUGUUGUUUUGUAUAGCGCUCAUUUGAGGGAUAGAUGAUGGGUGGACAUUAGCAGCGCAUAUCCAUUGAUAUAUCAUAUUAUGUUGAACAUUAGUUGGCCCCUGAAGAUUACAUGCUGUAGUUUUAUAUCCAACUAGCUCCUGAGUGGAACAUACAGGAUAUUUCCCCUAAAUCAUGCUCUAACGGGUUUGAAUAUAGACUAAUGGUCACUCUACGAAUCUACUAAGAUAUCUGAGGGGAUUCGUCGUAUGGUUAAGCAAACCACCGACCUCUAAUUGAGACAGCCACGCGCUCACCUUCCAGUCUUUAGUAGUUAAAGUCCGAGCACAGAUAUAUGUAAAACUCCCCAUCCAGUUAUAUAUGUUAUGUACCUUUUAUCUUCUUGUAUUUACUCAGGCU